AUGAUUAACCAAGAAAUUCAUGUUGUUUCUUCGCCCGACUUAAUGCCAUAUCUUCACCGCAAAUACAAAGCAAUUUCACUCUGGCAGUUGGAAGGACGAUUCACAGCACAAUUAGCCGGUUUGAGCGAGUCGGCGAGAGACAGGCUCCUGGAAAAUUUGUUAUUUGAUUCUGACACUUCAAGUCUAAUGAUUAAAGGAAUAAAAGUAAUACAAGUAGCUCUGUCUCCUUUAGGUGGCAUGAAAAAAAUGCUUCAAGUCGCAGCGCUGGCCACGAAGGAUCGACUAGAUGAUCAGGCAACACCAGCAAGAAACAACAGAACCGAUCUAUUCGAAUGGGUACGACACGAAUUGACCAUGGUAACAACAGAAAGUUUGUAUGGAGUCAGAAAUCCAUACCGAGAUCCGAACGUUGAGGCAGGAUUUUGGUGAGUCGGCACUACACCACAGGCCAUGGGAAUGAUAACCACUGACAUAUAUAGGUCCUUUGCAGAGGGUUCAAUGAAUCUGUUACUACCAGAUUUCCUUUCGAACAUUAUAGCUACCAAAGCUUUGCGCGGUCGAUAUACAGUCGAGAAAGGGUUUAGACGCUAUUUCUCAACGGGUGCAUACCUUUCCGGCUCAGAGCUCACGAAAGAGAGAUACGAAUUACUAGUGGAUAAGACGGACGGCAGUCACAAAGAUCUUGCGAAACAUGAGACGCUCAAUGAUAUCGCUGUACUAUCAAACACAAUUCCUACGGCGUUCUGGGCAAUUUUCCACGCUUUUUCUGACGCACGUCUCCUUGAGAAAAUACGAACUCAAGUAGAGGAAAUAACAACAUCUGAAGUAUCACCUCAGGGAACUAUCCGUAGAAUCAACCUAGAAAAACUAAAUCAACUACCAAUACUAUCGUCGAUGAUCCUGGAAACCUUGAGAUUCCGGUCAACAGGAACCGGACCCCGUCUAGUCAUGGAAGACACAUUUGUCGGUAGCGAUCAAUAUCUCCUUAAGAAAGAUUCCGUGGUAAUUAUUGCCAACAGGAGACUACACUUUGACAAGAAUGUAUGGGGGGAAACGGCUGAUUCCUUUCGACCUGAUCGAUUUUGCAGUAGAGUUCCUGCAAAUGGAUUUCGUGCAUUUGGCGGAGGAGUCAACAAGUGCCCAGGUCAGGCUUUUGUCACACCUCUAAUGGUGGCAUUUAUAGCAAUGUUGGCAAUGAGAUUCGAAAUCAUACCUUAUGGAGAUGAGUGGGCUGAUCCAGGUCAAGACCUCAGUAACAUGUCCGCGCAGAUAGCUCCACCAAAGAAGAAGUUUAUGGUAGAUAUGAUACCGAGGGAAGGAAUGAAGGACAUGGCAUGGAGUUUUGACGUGUAG